AUGCUCAAGGCACGACUCGCUCAGCUAGCGCAGCAGCUACGCCAGCGCACUCAGGAGAAAGGCUGGCAAGGCACUGGGCAGUCGGUCGCCCUCGGAGCUCUGCACCUAAUCAACGGCGCAUGCGCUAUCCACUUAUUUGCUGAGCAUGUCGGCUGGAUCUGUACUGUGGAUGGCCCUUCCAUGCUCCCCACCAUGAGCUUGACCGGAGAAUGGGUUAUUGAAAACAGGAUGGUCGAUCCUCAUCGUCUCACAAGAGGCGACCUUGUCACCUUUCUGUCUCCUUUGGACCCUGGCCGAAUCGUCUGCAAGCGCGUCAUCGGUCUGCCCGGAGACGUGAUCUGUGUCGACCCCACAGGAGAGCUCGCGCCCUCGACAGAGCACGUCGUAAUCCCACGGAAUCACGUCUGGGUGAGCGGCGACAAUGCUGCGCUCUCAAGAGACUCUAGGUUGUACGGCCCAGUGUCGAUGGGACUCGUUAGAGGAAGGCUAGUGGCAAGAAUCUGGCCGUUAAGAAACUUCACCAUAUUUCAGAACAAUUUCAACUACAUUGAUUAG